AUGGCGUCCAAGAUGCAGGUCAACUGCUACUAUCUCGGGUCAAACAAAGACGCCCCCAAUAACACCUUGCCUGUCUUGCAUUACCAAGAUGUGCUGCCGCAGCCAGCAACAGAGACCUCCGUGACGGAGUUUCUCACCCGCAACAAGUGGGAGAAAAGAGGUACUUGGGGCCAUAUUGGCAUCCGUCACUUCCAUCCCAAUAGCCAUGAAUGCUAUGGCAUCUUCCAAGGCUCCUCCAAGCUCCUCAUCGGAAAGAUCAAAGAAGGCGACGGCGUCGAAAUUAAUGUCAAAUCCGGAGACGUUAUUGUUCUUCCCGCCGGUACUGCCCAUUCUUCCACAGAAAGUUCGCCCAACUACCGCUACAUUGGAGUCUACCCAGAGGGUUGUCCCAAGUGGCGGAAUGAGAUGGGCAAAAAGCCUGCUGAACAAUUCCAUACCAUGAUCCAAGAUGUGGCGAUGCCAGAGGCGGAUCCUGUUUACGGCGAGAGUGGGCCUCUAACUCGUCUCUGGGUUCCAAGGCCGAGGAGCAAGUUGUAG